CUCUACCACCACCUUUACUAUCAUAACACAAUACCAUCAACCCCAACACAACACAACAACUCUACUACCAUCUCUACAGUACCACCAACACGUCAAACCACUACCAACACCAACACAACAACACCACCCCCACCCCCAAAAUGAGCAAAGACUCCACCCCCACUCAAAUCCACAUGCACCACCCCCGGUUAGCAGACUACUUCGAAGACUUCACGCGCCCACACCACACCUCCACCUCCACCAACACCUCCGGCAACACCACCACCACAAUCCCAACCUCCGGCACCAACACAACAAUCACCUACGGUUCCUCGUCUUCCCCUCCCUCGUACCGAGUUACCUUCCCAUCGAGGAAAUCUACAUCCUUCCGCAAUAUCAGCCCCCGAAUCCGGAAGAUGAGGAUGAUGUUGUUCCUGAUCAGCAUGCUGCGUUUGGGAUUACCAGGGCGAUGAGGGCGGGGAGGGAGGCUGUGUGGAGGGAUUUGGGAUUGGAGGGGUUGGUUAGUGGGGGGUUGGAGGAGGUGGGAAG